AUGUCGGUUCAGCUCGGAGUCUCUGGAGUGCCUGUCAUUCCUCAGGGCACGGCAUAUGGCCUCCUUAUUGGGCUAGGAGUGGCCUUCUGUGGUGUCAUUCUCGUCGCAAUCAAGGUCCAAAGGGCGUAUCUGUCCGAAGACUCGUCGACAUCAGAGAUGUUCAUGGUUGCCAAUCGAUCAGUGGGGAGAGGGUUAACAGCAUCGGCGGUGUUUUCGUCAUGGAUGUGGAUAAAUGAAACGGUGUUUUCAGCUGCCUUUUGUUACAAGUUUGGCCUGGCCGUCCCUUUUUGGUGGGCUACAGGCUUGUGCUUCCAGAUUGCCUUGAUGGCAGCACUUGGUGUAUUGGCCAAGAUCCGAGUGCCGUAUGCCCAUACAUCAUUGGAAAUUAUUCGCAUGCGUUACGGGAAGAUUGGCCAUGUGGUUUUCAUUAUACUCAACAUCACAAACAACGUCUUCGGAUGUGCAUCUAUGAUCCUGACAGGAUCACAGCUCAUAUAUGGCGUGUCUGGGAUGCACUUUGUCGCAGCUACCAUACUGAUCCCACUUGGAGUGGUUCUAUAUACAGCAGUAGGUGGUCUCAAGGCCACCUUCUUGACGGACUACCUCCACACCGCUGUUGCCUUGAUUCUCAUUAUCUACUUCACCUUGACUACUCUGACCCAUGACGCCGUCGGCGGCCUUGGAGGACUGUAUGACAAAGUCAUGGCAACGGCGUCCGAGAACAUGAUUCCCAGAAACUAUGAAGGAUCGUUGCUCACCAUGAAGUCAGUCGACGCCAUCAUCUGGGGCUUGAUCUUGAAGUUUGGCAACCUUGCCCUCGUCGUCAUGGACACGGCAUUUUGGCAAAAGUCUUUUGCUACAGAGGUCAAGGCCACCGUGCCUGGAUAUAACAUUGCCGCCAUUGCUAUAUUCGGCAUCCCCUGGGGCCUUGGCACGGUCAUCGGCCUCACUGCUAGGGCUAUUCACAAUACUCCGAUCUUCCCGACCUAUCCCGGCGAAUUUUCCCCGAGCUUAGUGAACGCAGGUUUGGUAAUGCCAUAUACCAUCAAGGCCCUCAUCGGUGACAAGGGCAUCAUUGCCUUUUUCGUCCUCUUGUUCAUGGCCUUGACGAGCACUGUCUCGUCAUCCAUGAUUGCCGUUAGCAGCAUCAUAUCAUUCGACCUUUACAAGACGUACAUUAACCCGAAGGCGUCUGACAAAAGGAUGAUGAGAGUCAGCCACCUGGCCGUCGUUUUCCACACAAUCUUCAUCACUGGCAUAUCGCUGGCGCUUAACUAUGGGGGCGCUGAUAUGACAUGGAUCGGCUAUUUCAGGCCCAUCCUCUCUUGCCCUGGCAUCAUACCUCUAGGACUGACCCUGGCCUGGUCAAAACAGACGCGACUAGCGGCAAUUGCGUCGCCAAUUCUAGGGUUUCUCACAGGCCUCAGCGUCUGGCUAGCCACGGCUAAGUCCAUGUACGGGACUAUCAACAUUGCAACCACAGAAGCGAGUUUUCCAGCACUCUAUGGUGCGCUUGCUUCCUUCUUCUCUCCGGCUCUUUACUCGGUAGUCAUAUCUCUGUACAAGCCGGAGUCGUUUGACUGGCGACGUUUUCUGCUUAUCGAACUGGCAGAGGCACCUAAGGCUGAUGAGAGUGAAUCGUCAACCCCGCCAAGUGACGACGAGAAGGAGGACAAGGGCAAAACGGGGUCAAGCGAGUCGCAGAGGAACGGCAUCGUGGUUUUGGAGUCACCAAGCGAGAAUGCUUCUGUGGCUGCUCCCGAUGCCGAGAAGGCAAACACCGUCAAGGUCACAGAAUGGCAAACUAUCGGCGUAUCAGCAAGUGGUGAUGACAACUUGAUUGACCUCGAUAACGUGCAGCAUCCCUUUACAGAGGAGACGUUGCAGGAGCUGCGCCGUUGGUAUCGCAUCGCAUGGGCAUUCUUCGUCGUAAUUGUUCUCAUCACGUUUGUGGCUUGGCCGAUGCCCUUGUACCGCAACUACAUCUUCACCAAGUCCUUCUUCUCAGGUUGGACUACCGUCGCCAUUAUAUGGCAGUUCUUUGCAUUCUUUGCGGUAGUUCUCUACCCCCUGUAUGAUGGCAGGCAUGCCAUUGCCAAAGCAUCUCGAGGAGUUUGGAGGGCGAUUGGCCGGAAAUUUGACAGGACAUGA